GUCGACGCUUCAUCCUUAGAUCCCUAAAACCCCAACUUCUUUUCUUCCUUCCAUCCUCUUUUCAUUCUUCUGGCAGCGAGCUGCCAAAGCGUGUAGGCACAACUUGGUAGUAUAAAUUGUCAGCUAUGGAGAUUGAGGGUAAUGGAGAAAACGGUUCCCUCAUCUUGCUCAAACAAGGAGCUGAAGCUAGGGUCUUUGAGUCGACAUUUGUGGGAAGGAGGUCUAUUGUCAAAGAACGUUUCUCGAAGAAAUACAGGCACCCAUCUCUUGAUUCGAAGCUGACUCUAAAGCGCUUGAAUGCGGAGGCUAGGUGCAUGACAAAGGCAAGACGGCUUGGAGUUUCUACUCCUGUGCUGUAUGCUGUGGACCCUGUGCUGCAUACUUUGACAUUUGAAUAUGUGGAGGGCCCUUCUGUUAAGGAUGUUUUCCUUGAAUUUGGAAUAAAUGGUGUUGUUCAAGAACGGUUAGAUGAUAUAGCAACGCAGAUUGGUGACUCAAUUGGCAAACUACAUGAUGGUGGUCUUGUACACGGUGAUUUGACCACAUCAAACAUGUUAAUGAGGAAUGGUACCAAUCAACUGGUCCUGAUUGAUUUUGGACUAAGCUUUACUUCAACCCUUCCAGAGGACAAGGCUGUUGACUUAUAUGUUCUUGAACGGGCCUUGCUUUCAAUGCAUUCUUCUUGUGGGAAUGUGAUGGAUCACAUACUUGCUGGAUACAAAAAGUCCUCAAAGCAGUGGUCAUCCACAUUUAACAAGCUAGCUCAAGUGAGACAAAGGGGUCGAAAGCGAACCAUGGUUGGAUGAAUUUCCUUCAAUACUGUGUUUUGUACUGGAGUUUUUAUGGCAUGGAAAAUCAAUUAGCCUGGUUAUUACAACGCCAUACACAUAACGUGAGGAUUGAAGCUGCUCUGCAUUUCACUGGCAACUACUCUACAAUAGUAAACUUGGUGUGUACUACCUCUUAUAUUUAAGGAAAGUGUUUUGUGAGUUGUUCUUUUAAAUAUUUUUUGGAGGAUUUAUUUAAAAACUCAUAUUCUAAUUAAUAUUUUCAAAAACUAAUUGUGAGAUUUAAAGUUGUAUUUGUAUAGAUCAGGAAUGUGAAAUUAUUCAUA